AUGGCUGAUCACGCUCAAACCAUUGCAGUAUCCACACCGGAGCCCGUCUUGGGGCAGAAGAAGCCUGUGGUGCAGAUCGCCGAGGUGGCCGACGAGAAACACGCCGAGGAGCAGAAUGAUGCCGAGCAGGAACAACUCACCGCACGACAGCUUCUCUGUUUUUGGGAUGCUGUCACCCACUGUGCUGAGCCUGAACAUUACGUUGAAAUCACAAAAAUGCUGGAAGAGGCCGUCAAGCAAGAAGAACAAGAUGCCUCGAACGGGACACAACCUGCCAUUCCCGUCGAGGAGGCACCGGUUGCCAAAAAGGAGCCCAAGACCAAAGUCAUGGACGAAUUCGAGCGCGAAUUCAUGUCCGAUAGGUAUCAGAUUGCGUGGACCAAAGACGGAAAGCCCGAGAGACACCCAGCAUGGUCAUCAGACUUUUGCCUAAUCGUGACUGAGGAAGCUGAGCAAGAGCCGUACUUUCAAGUUUUCAAGUCCGAGGCCGAAUCACUCAUCAUCGAUACCACCAAUCCAAAGCCUACUUCUGAGGCUUAUCCAGAGUUUGAGAGCGAUCCUGCUCGCCUGGUCUACCAAUUUGGCCGCAAGUAUGCCCUUGGGCCGUCCGCUCGAGAAGAGGACGGCACGCCUAAGAUCGGUCUCUACUCACAGGUGUAUAACUUUAACUAUGCCGAGCAUCGUAUCCUUGGUGAUCGGCUGAGACUGAAGUUUUCCGAUUCUGAAACCGUCGUAGCCGGUGACAGGAAAUUGACGCUCGAGAACGGCACGAUGCUCACCUACGGUCAAGUAAACGGCCUAGGGGGCGACUUUUUUGCGACAAACAACCCCAUAUGUACUGGGUCUAACUUCGACCAACAAUGCCAAUACUUCAUGGACGCAUAUAAUCUCCUCGGAAAAGCUGAGACUGGACGCAAAGAAGCAUCCACCAUUGACAGCAUCAACGCCAAAGAGACACAAGCAGUCAGAGAUGCCAUCGCCGGCCAGAAGUCAACCAAACAGGCCUACAAAGAUAUGAGCAACAACGACAAGGGUAGCGUGUCUUUCAUCCCUGUGACCAAAACCGACGAGCUGCUGACCGGGGCCACGAUGGAGCGCGACGGUCCCUCGUACGCUCGCAUGGCGCUCCUCAACCUGGACCACUUCGGUGACGAUGCUCAUACCGCCUACAAUGCCGGCCACACCUGCGCCAUGCGUACCGCAGCAGCGGGCAACCUCGAAAUCGCUUACGCCAUGAAUGCAUUCGCAGACCACUACUUGGGCGACUGCUUUGCGUCUGGCCAUAUCCGCACCCCGCGCCGCAAACUACACGCGUCGGGCGAGGCCAUCGACAAUGUAUGCAAGGCCCUCAACGACCUUUAUCAAGAAGUGUGCAAAGGCGUCAACGCGCACUCCAAGACUGACGCUUUCCUGACGGGCAUGAAGGCGCCCGCUAUGUUGUCGUACCUCUCAGCCAAGAUACUCUUGCACACCGGCGACAUCGCGGCCAUUGCGCCCGACGCAUGCUCCAAGUUCAUGCACGACGAGGACAACAUCCGCGGGCUGACGGUAGUGAACCAGCGCGGCGACCGCUGGGCAGCCUUCGGCGACACGAAGCUCUUCGAGCCGGAGAACGCGCUGAACGUCCGCUUCAUGAAGGAGGCGCUGCAAGCGUCCGCCGACGAGGUCUAUCAGGCCUACGUGACCAAGCACGUCCCAACGGAUGUCAAUAGCUUCGCUGCAUGGCGGAUCGCCCCGAGCAGCGUCGACGAGGCCCAUUCCCAUAAGCCGCUCUUCAGAUCAGAUGGCUGGUAUCGCACCGAGUGGACGAAGCCGUGGUCGUCUGAUUAUUCUGAUCCGAAGUCGUGGAAACCCAAAUCCUUUUGGAAGCCGAUGAGCUUCCCGGAUGACUAUCCCAAUCUUCUGAGGAAAAUGAGUGGGGACGAUUACUUCAAGAAUUUGUAG